AUGGCGCCGGGUCGCUGCCAGCACGCCGGCCUAACCAGGAGGACGGCGGGCUCCGCGCCCAAGUCGAAGGAGAUAACAGGGAUCGGCAUAUUCAAGGCCGAGAGCGCCGCCGCCGCCGUCGCAACUGCCUCCCGUGAUCGUCAGGCUAGCCAGAUCACCUUUUCUCAGGACGGGACCAUUCCUCCCAGGAAGCCAACUUCCGUUGCUGGGGUGGCGAGGCAGCGUAAGCUUAGCCAUACCGUUGAGAGUGAGGGGGGCAGUAAGAUAAAGCGGCAGGUGUCCACUGCGAAAUCCAAGGAGCUCAGUGGUCACAACAUCUUUGCUGAUCAUGAAGAUCCCAAACCCAACAGGUCAAGGAGAUCAGACUAUGGCAGCUCUGCCGCGCUGUCACCUGUGAAAAACGCAAAUGUGAGCUCCUUCUCAUUUGGAGAGGCCGACACGGACAGCACAAUGAAGACAGCAAAGAAGAAAGGGUCCAGCAACAAGUCUACUGAUCUGAAUGGCAAGGCCAUCUCCGAGAGGGAUUCAGCGCCUGCAGAGAAACAGCCUCUGAACCGCGCGAAGCCGAAAGGAAUGAGUGGCGGCAGCAUUUUUGCAGACGGGAAGGCCUCAACAACCGGACAUCAUGCAGGCCGUGGGACCCGGCAGCCUCCUGGCGGCGACAGCAGCAUCUUGCUGGGCUAG